UCUACUACGUACCAGAAUAGAGAUGACAGUGACAUGAAACAGACCUUUACUCGAAGUUCUUGGGCUAAAUGUGGUUCUUGUUAAACACGCUUUUAGUAAUUUGAGCUAAUUGAAAAAGCUCCGAAAGUGGGUGCCAGGACGUACAUGUGGUCGAGAGUAAGUUGCAUGAAGCACUGCUUACUCGAGCUAAGGUUAGAUGAACUUUUUGUUUCUUCCUUCCUACGUAUCUUAUCCUCACUACGACCCAUACAUGGCUUUCUCCAGAGGAGGAUUGCUGGACUCUACUGACCGUGGAAUAAUGCCAGACUCGGUAGAUAGCAGUGCAAAGCAAGCGACAUCUAGUGGCAGUGGUUGCGUACAAGUAUUGAACCAGAAACAUCACCCAGUACAAGAUAUGAGUGGAGCACACCCCCCACAAACAGUGUCUCCAUCGUCUAGCUUGACUCUUCCCAUCACCAUUGCUGGUGGGGUUUCAUUAUCAGAAGCCCACUUGGGUUCCGGUAUCCGCCAACUGAGUAAAUUAAAGCGGUUCUUUACAACGCUGCAACAGUUCGGGAGUGACAUCUCAUCAGACGUAGGUGAGCGCGUGCACAGUCUCAUCUUGAGCUUAAUGAUUUCUUCUAUAACUAUCGAAGAAUUUCACCAGAAAAUCCAAGACAUCACAAACUAUCCUCUUAGAUCAUUCGUUAUUCCGUUUCUAAAGCGUAUCCCAGCCGGCCUGAUGAGCCCUGGUAUUGAGCGAAAGAUCUCUUCGGCACUGGAUAAGGCAGAUGUAGCGUGGAAAGCAUAUUAUAACAUAUUUUCCCAC